AUGGCGGCCAAGCGAUCGGCCCCACCAGCACCCGGCUCUUCCUCGCCUCCGUCCCUCCCCCCCGCACCGCCCCUUUCCCCACCCUCCCGGCCGCCUCCUCCCUCCUCCCCGGGGAGGGGAGCGGCAGCGGCUGCCCGGGCUGAGCCGGGCUCGUGUGCUCUCUCUCGGCAGGAGUCCGGGAAGAUGGCCGGGGCCGAGGCAGGGAUGAGCGGCGCCGGGAUCCAGCAGCAGCCCCAGCAGCAGCCCCAGCACCCGGCGGCAGCGGCGGCGGCGGCGGACGAGUCGUCGGACAGCGAAGGGGAGCACGAGGGCCCCCAGAAACUCAUCCGGAAAGUGUCCACCUCGGGCCAGAUCCGCAGCAAGACAAGUAUAAAAGAAGGAUUACUACUGAAGCAAACCAGUUCUUUUCAGAGGUGGAAAAAGCGUUACUUCAAGCUUCGAGGUCGUACCCUUUACUAUGCUAAGGAUUCGAAGUCUCUAAUAUUUGAUGAAGUUGACCUGUCUGAUGCCAGCGUAGCUGAGUCAAGCACAAAAAAUGUCAACAACAGCUUCACGAUAAUCACUCCGUUUAGGAGGCUGAUACUGUGUGCUGAGAACAGAAAAGAAAUGGAGGACUGGAUAAGCUCUCUGAAGUCCGUACAGUCCCGGGAACACUAUGAGACGGCACAGUUUAAUGUGGAACAUUUCUCAGGGAUGCAUAACUGGUACGCCUGCUCCCAUGCCCGACCCACCUUCUGCAACGUGUGCAGAGAGAGCCUCUCUGGAGUCACUUCUCACGGCCUGUCCUGCGAAGUGUGUAAGUUUAAAGCACAUAAAAGAUGCGCUGUCAGAGCAACAAAUAACUGCAAAUGGACUACAUUAGCCUCCAUUGGAAAAGAUAUCAUAGAAGAUGAAGAUGGUAUAGCUAUGCCUCACCAAUGGUUAGAGGGUAAUUUGCCUGUCAGUGCCAAAUGUGCAGUCUGUGACAAGACCUGUGGCAGUGUUUUACGCCUACAAGAUUGGAAGUGCCUUUGGUGUAAAGCUAUGGUUCACACUGCGUGUAAGGAUCUGUACCCUCGUAAAUGUCCACUUGGCCAAUGUAAGGUAUCGAUCAUACCUCCAACAGCACUAAACAGUAUAGACUCUGAUGGUUUCUGGAAAGCCACAUGCCCGCCAUCCUGUGCCAGUCCUCUUUUAGUUUUUGUUAACUCAAAGAGUGGAGACAAUCAGGGAGUAAAGUUUCUUCGUCGAUUCAAACAGUCGUUAAAUCCAGCUCAGGUGUUCGAUUUAAUGAAUGGAGGACCUCACUUAGGUUUGCGGCUAUUUCAGAAGUUUGACAACUUCCGGAUUCUUGUAUGUGGUGGAGAUGGAAGUGUGGGUUGGGUGUUGUCAGAAAUCGAUAAACUCAGCUUGCACAAACAGUGUCAGUUAGGAGUGUUACCCCUUGGUACUGGAAAUGACCUUGCUCGUGUCCUUGGUUGGGGAGGAUCCUGUGAUGAUGAUACGCAGCUUCCUCAGAUUUUGGAGAAAUUGGAACGAGCCAGCACAAAAAUGUUAGACAGGUGGAGUAUAAUGUCAUAUGAACUAAAAUUACCAGCAAAGCCUUCAAUUCCUUCAGUCACUGUUGAAGAAGAGUCAGAGGAAUGCCAGAUCUCGGCUUAUGAGGAUUCAGUUGCUGCUCAUCUUGCAAAAAUUCUCAAUUCUGAUCAGCACUCAGUUGUCAUAUCUUCUGCCAAAAUAUUGUGUGAAACUGUAAAGGACUUUGUUGCCAAAAUAGGGAAGACUUACGAAAAACCAGUGGAAAAUGCAGAUGAAGCUGAUGCCAUGGCCAUUAAAUGUUCAGAGCUAAAUGAAAAGCUCGACCUGUUGCUCCAAGCGCUUCACACAGAAGCCCAGGCUGCUCCUAUUCUCCCAGGCGUCACUCCGCCCAUUGUUGAAGAAGAAGGAGAGGAGUUUUCAAGUGAGGAAUCCUUGUCUGAAAGUAAAGAGCAAUUAGUGGAAUGUGUUGCAAAGUCUUCCACCCAGAAACUCUUCAAACCAAGAGAACAGUUGAUGCUCCGAGCAAACAGCUUAAAGAAGGCUGUCAGGCAGAUCAUUGAACAAGCAGAAAAAGUUGUGGAUGAGCAAAAUGCUCAUAGUGAAGAACAAGUGAACCAGUCCCCUGUAGAAUACAGCAAGGAGUUGGAUGAAUCCAAAGAAGAGGAAAAAGAGGAAGAUACAAAGGAAUAUGAAUCUCAGACAAGUAAAACUGCACCAAGAUCUCCUGAUCGACGUACAAGUCGAGGUAUCCAUUCUCAGACAGGCUCUUUCUCUGCUCCAGCAUUGGCUGCCAGCAAAGAGAACCUCCCUGUCCUUAACACUAGGAUUAUCUGCCCAGGUUUAAGGGCUGGCCUAGCUGCUUCUAUUGCAGGAAGUUCAAUUAUUAGCAAAAUGUUAUUGGCUAACAUUGAUCCAUUUGGUGCUACACCAUUUAUUGACCCGGAUCCAGAUUCACUGGAGGGAUAUUCAGAAAAAUGUGUCAUGAACAACUAUUUUGGAAUUGGGUUAGAUGCAAAAAUUUCACUUGAAUUUAAUAACAAGCGAGAAGAGCACCCUGAAAAAUGCAGAAGUCGGACAAAAAACAUGAUGUGGUAUGGAGUUCUUGGCACAAAAGAGCUACUGCAAAGAACUUACAAGAACUUAGAACAAAAAGUUCAACUCGAGUGUGAUGGACAGUACAUCCCUCUUCCAAGCCUGCAGGGCAUAGCUGUGCUAAACAUUCCCAGCUAUGCUGGUGGGACCAAUUUCUGGGGAGGAACCAAGGAAGAUGAUAUAUUUGGGGCCCCAUCUUUUGAUGAUAAAAUCCUGGAAGUUGUGGCCGUAUUUGGUAGCAUGCAGAUGGCAGUUUCAAGAGUUAUCAAACUGCAGCACCACCGGAUAGCUCAGUGUCGGUCAGUGAAGAUCACCAUACUUGGUGAUGAAGGGGUUCCAGUGCAAGUCGAUGGAGAGGCAUGGAUCCAGCCCCCGGGAGUUAUUAAAAUUGUACAUAAAAACAGAGCUCAGAUGCUAACACGAGACAGAGCCUUUGAAAACACCCUGAAGUCUUGGGAAGACAAACAAAAGUACGAUUCCUGCAAAUCUGUCAUUCGAUCUCCCUUGUACCCUCAACAGGCUGUUGAGUUGGCUACAGAAGAAGAAGUCACACAGGUCCAGCUGUGCUCACAAGCUGCAGAAGAACUUAUUACAAGAAUCUGUGAAGCAGCAAAAAUACAUGGCCUCUUGGAGCAGGAGCUUGCUCAUGCUGUUAAUGCGUGUUCACAUGCUUUAAAUAAAGCCAACCCAAGGUUUCCUGAGAGCCUAACCAGAAACACUGCCAUGGAGAUAGCUGUCAACGUGAAGGCCUUACAUAAUGAAACUGAAUCUCUGCUAGUAGGAAGAGUUCCUUUGCAGUUGGAAGCUCCCCAUGAAGAGCUGUUGUCUGAUGCUUUGCACAGCGUGGAAACAGAGUUGAGGAAACUUGCUGAGAUACCUUGGCUUUAUUAUGUUUUUCAGCCAAAUGAUGAUGAGGAUCCCCCUCUGGAUUAUGCUAAAAGAAACAACAGAAGUACAGUGUUUCGCAUAGUGCCAAAGUUUAAAAAAGAAAAAGUUCAGAAGCAUAAGACCAGCCCUCAGCCUGUUCAAAAAUGGGGCACAGAUGAAGUUGCUGCUUGGCUGGAUCUGCUCAGUUUGGGAGAGUACAAAGAAAUCUUCAUCAGCCAUGACAUCCGAGGCUCUGAGCUUUUACAUCUGGAAAGGCGAGAUCUUAAGGACCUGGGGAUAACGAAAGUGGGUCAUAUGAAGCGAAUUCUCCAGGGAAUUAAGGAGCUCAGCAAGAACACCCCUUUGUCUGAAGUGUAAUUGUGCUGGUGCUCUCAGAAGAGAGGGAACAUUGCUGGAGAAGCAAAGCCGUUGCAGGCACUUGGCUGUCUUUGUAGUUUACUGUAUGGAAGAAUAAGCGCUAGCGUGUUCGUACAGGCUAGCAUUGCCCAGUACUUGUGUGGUGAAGAGCUUGUUGCAAGAGCAUAAGAGAAUUUGUGCCAAAAGAAAAAAAAAAAAAAAAAGAAAUGGUUAUGCAUUCUGUGAAGGAGUUUUCUUGGUGUUCACACUUGGCCAGUUCAGAUAAGCACAUUUUGGUAAAUCAGUUGAUGGUGAACUGCACUGACUGGAAAAUAUAUCAAGAAACGAUCGCUUUGCUUACAUGCAGCUCAGUAUGCCUCUCUCUUACAACGCAGCAAGAUGCCGCCGUACAGCACGAGGUUGUCUGGUUGCCCUUCCUGGGCACAGAUCCCCUACAGCUUCCUGUGCAGGGGCCUGAGAGGUGGCCGCUUCCGAGGUUCCACACGCGGGUCUGGCAAUGCCUCAGGUACCAGGCGCUCACGGGCCACGCAGGAUGGGGAAAGAUACCUUCUUGUACUCUGAAUGCCAACUAUAAUGCAUGGUGUGCCUGCCUGACUUGUCUGUCAUUCUGUUGCAUGACAUAUCUGAUACUUUAAACACUUGAACAACUUUUAUAUCGGUUUGAAUGAGAAUUAAUUUAUUACUACUUGAGUGUCCUUUUUCGGUUCCAGGCACUUUUCUAUUCUUCAGUGUUGUGUUAUUCCUAAAUGAGUUCUAUGGCAAAGGAUGUGUGAGUGUGGAAACUUAAGCAUUUGUGCCAUAUUCAGCAAGUUGUAUGCAUUAUAUAUGAUUGGGACAUUGUACAGUUAGAUUUUUAAAUAUACCAUGUACAGAAGGUGUAUCAGGUAACUAACUUAUGAGUAUUUUUGAAAGAUCAGUACCUCACAAAAAUAUCAGUUGGCUUCCUGCAUGGAAAAUGAUAAGGAAUUUUCUCAUGGUGCAUUAAAUGUAGUUAUCCAGUUAUCUUAAACAUCCGUAGCAUAUCGGAGCUUUUAGGAACUAAUGGUUUUAUUUAUUCUGCUGUGCAAAAAGCAGGUUGAAAGAUUAACGAGAAUUUCUUACAGGAAAAUUCGAUUUAUUUAUCACGCAUAAGUAAGGAAAGUGUUAAAAUGUAGCAGCUGAUUUGAUUUUUG